CUUUCGUGGCUGAGGAGGUCAACAGUAACCACCUAAGCAUGUGGCGAAAUCGCUUUCGUCUCCUCUCUCCUACUAGGAAAUAUUGCAGUCAAUUUUCUCGGAAAAUUGUCACCGCAGAACAAGUGAGAACAUUUCAGGAUCAGGGUGUUAUCUGCAUUCGAGGUGUUUUCGGAGAAUGGAUCAAAAGGUUGACGAAAGGCAUCGAGAGGAACUUGGCGAAUCCUGGAAAAUUAAGCGAGUGGCUCAAAAGUGAAAACUCAGAGACGUACUAUUUUAAUGAUUUAUUGAACUGGCAACAAAUUCCAGAGUUUAAGGAGUUUGUGUUUGAAUCACCAGCCGCUGAAAUAGCAGGAAAGUUAAUGGAUGCACAGGUAAGGGUCACGCGCAAGUUAUUACAAAUUCAGUUAGGAUACAAGGUGGCUUGUAUCCUAACUGAAUUUAAUUUUUCCGUCUGGCCCGGCCGCUUGUGGUAAGAUUUCAAGCACAAUCGCAGGCAAAAUUUCCGCACAGCCCCAUACAUCAUUAUACAUCCAUAUAUGGGGCUUUAUUAUUCAGUGUAUCACCAGUAAGAUGUACAUGCAUAAUUAAGUAUGGGGCUGUGCGGAAAUUUUUCCCUUAUCCAUGUAAUGUAUGCACAAUGGGGCUGUGCGGAAAUCUUGCCAUACCUUAGUUGCUCCGGUUGAUCGGUUUUAGACAUAUAUUUAUGAGGAUCAGGCUUCAGUUCGCAAGAAUGAUGGCGACGUGUUUAAUUCACAGGUUUAGAAUGUGUAAUCGGGUUCAGUAGGUAUUGUUGUUUUGGUUGAACUGUUGUCAUUUUUGUGUUCAUGUACCGAACUUCAACUAUUACAACGGGGGAAUAUAUAUAACGGCGUAAUUAUCCGACUAACACAGUCUAUAUACUGUAAGAUUUUACGCCACUAACCCAGUCGGUGAUUAAAUUAUAAUAAAUUAAAAUAUAAUUAAUUUAUACUACUGGCGUAAAAUGUUACAUGUAUAUAUAUAUAUCACCGACUGGAAGAAAUUACACCGUUAGUUACUGGCGUAAAAUCUUCCAUAUAUAACUACCGACUGGAAGAAAUUACGCUGUUAGUUACUGGCGUAAAAUCUUCCAUAUAUAACGACCGACUGGAAGAAAUUACGCCGUUAGUUACUGGCGUAAAAUUUUACGCCAGUAACUAACGGCGUAAUUUCUUGCAGUCGGUUGUGUUUAUAUGUACGAUUUUACGCCAGUAACUAACGGCGUAAUUUCUUGCAUUUUGGGAAAAACUGCUUAAGGUUGGGUUGAACUUAUGUUAUUUUAUGAGGUGAGCUUGUUGGAUGGAGAAUUACAAAUGAGAUUGUAGGAAUGGAAGGGUUAAUGGUAAUAAAUUAGUAAAGGGUGAGGUGAUUUUAGAUUAUUUUAUGAGGUUAACUUUUCUUAAUGGGGGCAAACUGGGGGUGGAAUUGCAGUGGGGUGGGGUGGGGUUUUUCUUACCACAUUUUGCUCUCUGUUUUCUGUUACUGAACAGAUACACAUCAAGUAGGAAUAUACUUAUUAAAUGGAAACUUAUUACCACUGACACAGACAACCAUGUCUCUCUUCUACUUUUAUUGAUUAAUUAUGAAUUGUACUAGAGAAAAUUUUUAAUCUCAAAUUUGUGAUCUGUUCUCACUUUUGAUAAAACACCUUUCUUGCAGUUCACUGUAUUUUAUCAUGAGCAUGUUUUCACAAAAGAUCCCGGAACAACUUCCACCACUCCAUGGCAUCAUGACCAGUCUUAUUACCCAGUGGACGGGUGGAAGGUAAAACUGAAUGAAUGGAUAGCUUGGAUAGUCUAUGGACACAUGAUAAGAUUGCCAGAUUGAGAGGGUAUUUACUGUGAGAUGCAAAGGAAUUGGAGGAAAAAGCUUGCAUGGUGAAAUGAAGGAAGGGGGAAAUUUUACAACAAUUACAGGUCUUGGAUAGGAUUGCCAAGGUCUUAAGUCUCUCUUUUUAUGGAAAAGGGGGUCACCUUAAAAAAUUCUUGUUCUUUGGCCUAUCAUGGGACACACCUUGAAACUAAACAAGGUCUUGCUGUAGUGAAAUGCCUAGUAGGUAGAUAAUAAUUUUAAAAUGGGUAAAAAUAGGUGAUCACAUUGAUCUUAUUGCUAACACAGUAAUGACAUAAUGGGAAAAAUCCCUACAAAGUUUCCCAACAAAAAUUAAUUGAAUGAGUUGGAAAUUAUUAAGGCCUAUGCAGGAAGUUUAGUGAACAGUUUCAGAUGGAUAGAAUUACUGAUAAAUGUCUAUUUCCACUCUGCUUGUAACCUCAGAAUGAGUUGGGCAUGUCUCUGUUCCCACCUACCCUGUGUCUGUAUGAAAUAACACAAAUGAUGAAACAUGCCAUGUUUUAUCACUUUUUUCUGUGAAAAAUUCUUUUCUUUUCUUUCCUCUUGCUUUGGUUCAAUUAUCAUGUCCUUAAAAUUCAUAGAUCUCGUAAAGUACCUACUCUUUCCAUAAAGAAAGGUUAUUCUUUUGUUAUUUUUUCUGAACAGAACUGUUCUUUUUGGAUUCCCGUUACUCCUGUAUCAAAAUCAUCAAAUUUGACUUACAUUGGUGGAUCCCACAAGUGGGGAAAAUGGUUUAAACCUAAGAAGUUUGCAUCCUUACAGAAUUACAAAUACACAAAGACGUAUAAUGAAAAGGUUUUUGAAGACAUCCCUGAUAUUGACAGCCAUCCAGAUGCAUACAACUUGCUUUCCUGGGACCUUAAGGUUAUUAUUGCAGUUUUUUUUAAUUGUAUAAACUCAAAGAAAAAGUGAUUUUUAGGUAGUUUGAUUUGUAAUUUUAUUUUAUAUUUUUAAGGGGUAUGGCACCUUAAUAAAUCUGGAGCUAAGGGAAGUAAAAAUCAAACUUGUUUUAGGUUACUUAAUAUACAUGUGAGCAGAAAAACUUUCAGAAUAAAGUGUUGUAAGAAUUGUUUCAUGUGCUGAACCUAACACAUGACAGCUAAGUGAAAGGUGAGACUGCAUAAUGAUUCAGAUGCUAAACUUUUCAUGAGCUAGAAAGGUAAAUUAAGUGUGCACUCAAGCUGAGUGAUCCUUCAAUUUGUAACCUUUUGUUUGAUAAUGAUAAUCUUGCACCUGCAUGCACGAUGAGCAUAAUUCAUGUUUGCAUGUAAAAUAAUAUUAUAUGUGUAAGAAAUACUGUUACCAAAAUGCCAGCCUAGUAAUUCACUUUUAACUUGCAACUAAUUAAUAAACUAGAUUCUUAACAUUUAUUUUAACCUAAAAAUUAAAAACAAGUUAGAAAAAUUGUCUAUCUUGGUCCCAAAAAAACAUCCUUUAGCUUAGUCAUCUCUAGCCAUGAGUUGCUUUUUUAAAAACACCCUAGUCUACCAAAGUUUUGAUUUUAACUUUGUAUACUUAACAUUACUUGACAGCCUGGAGAUUGCUUAGCAUUCCACUUUCGAAUCCUACAUGGUGCAAAGCAGAGCACAGACCCAGAUGGAAGGAAAGUGGUUGCCAUGCGCUGGCUAGGAGAAGAUGCAACAUUUGGGGAAAGACCAUGGGAACCUUCACCCAAUUACAGUGGAGGAUUAAAACCAGGCGAUCACUUUUAUAAAAGUGAAUCUUUUCCAGUUGUUUGGAGAUCAGAAAAAGCAAAUUUAGUUACUUAA